CCGCCUUCGUGUCGUGCGGCUCCACCGCUUCGUUAUCCAAAUCGAACGAACAACGAACCCCUCCUUCCUCGCCUUCCUCGAGUUGAGCUCUCGCUCCGCCGCCGGCCGCCGCCUCGAGCUGGGAGGCGGCCAUGGGCGCCGCCGGCCUCCCGGCACCGGGAUGCCUGCAGAAAUUUGGACAUAUCGUUGAUGCCGAAAGAUUUGUAUUAAACAUGUCCAACCGUGGAAUCCAUAAGGCACUCAGUUUUCAGUGCUUUGCUUCUGAUGGGCGUGGCUUUGGAGCUGGUUCUACUAAUAGACGGAAAAUUAAAAGCAAGAAGAGGCAAAAGGAUGUUGCACAGGAACCAAGCAAGGUAAUAUCUGGAGGUUCCAAGAACAGGGACCAAUGGGCACUGGACUUAGGGACUCGAAGGGAAAGUAAAUAUGCUAAAACUGUCAUGGAUAAGCAAUUUCUAGAAAAAGUGGAAGCUGUUCGAAGAUCUGCACUUGAGAAAAAGAAAGCUGAUGAGAACAAAAAUUAUCAAGCUAUUGAUUAUGAUGCCCCAAUUGAAUCAGAUAAGAGUACAAUUGGUUUUGGUACGAGGGUUGGAAUUGGCAUAGCUGUCAUGGUCUUUGGAUUAGUCUUCGCUUUUGGGGAUUUCCUUCCAUAUGGAAGUGUUAGCCCCAGCAAAGAAAGCACUGUGGUUAGCAAACAACUUUCUGAGGAGGAAAUACAAAAUUUCAAGACAGCACUAGAAGGUUUUGAAGCAACACUGCGGACAUCACCUAAUGAUCCUACUGCUCUUGAGGGUGCGGCAGUAUCAUUGGUUGAACUUGGUGAAUAUCAGAAGGCUUCAGAAUUCCUAGAGAAGCUUGUUAAGGUGAUCCCUGACAAAGUUGAAGCAUACCGUUUGUUGGGUGAAGUAAAGUUUGAACUCAAGGAUUAUGAUGGGAGUUCUUCAUCAUACAGAAAAUCUUUAUCUGCGUCAGAGAAUAUCGAUUUUGAAGUUUUACGUGGUCUGACCAAUGCACUACUUGCUGCUAAGAAGCCAGAUCAGGCAGUUGAUGUAAUUCUCUCUUGCCGUCAAAAGUUGAAUGAGAAAAGUCAAACUCAAGUUGCGAAUUUGGCGGCUGCAAAUGAUGAUGGUGCUCCAAAAUCUCAAUAUAUUGAUCUUAUCCAAGUUGAUCUGCUUUUAGGAAAGGCUUAUUCUGAUUGGGGCCAUAUCAGUGAUGCUGUUGCUGUUUAUGAAAAUCUAAUCACUGAACAUCCUGAAGACUUCCGUGGUUAUUUGGCUAAGGGAAUCAUAUUAAAGGAAAAUGGUAAAUCAGGUGAAGCAGAGAGAAUGUUUAUUCAGGCCAAAUUUUUCGCACCUGAUGCAGCGAAGGCACUAGUUGAUCGAUAUGCACAAAGGUAGCGUGAGACACAACAGGGAAAUUCCAAUUCCUCUAAUUUUUGUCCCAUUAUUUUUUGUUUAGAUAGCAUCGAUCUAAGUUCGUCAGGAAUUUUAUCGCCUGUCAAUUCCUAGAUUCAGCACGACAGAAGGGACACGGGGAUAAUUUGCUUGUCAAACAAUAUUUAGAUCAAGGCAGUUAUAGUGUAUAGAAAACCUUCUUGUCGAUAAUAGCAAAUUUAUAGGAUUUUGAGAUUGUGUAUUCUUUUAUUAAUGAAUUGAUUUGAAAUAAAAAAAAUUACGAAUUUCCGUAGAA